ACUGACGGACCGACGAGACAGCCUUAUGCUCUCUGGUUUCGCUAGCCUGCGAAUUGCACGAUUUUUUUAUAAGCAGUAUUGUCAUUCUCAUCGAAAUCGAAACAACAACAGGCAAUCCCGCGGCGGCACAAAAAACAAUAAACCAGCGUGCGGAAGAGAGAGAGAGCAACGCGCGCGGGUGACGGUCUGAUAUAAGAAACAUUUUCUGUGAUUUUUGAGUGUGUCGUCUUGUUUUGAGUGCUUCCGAUUCGCAAUUCGCCUCACAAGUUCGCCUUUGCUUGGGUUUUUUAUAGCAACUAGCGGGGCACCCGAGUCGCGGAAAUAAAGCAAAGCGCCCAAAAGGCAGAAAUGUCGGGGGAAUUUGCAUAAUUUUCGGGUCGCCUCAGCCGAAAGUUGUAUAAGUUGGCACAAAGUACAACCAGGAGGAACCAAUGGCUGGGGCAUGCAUCUGCUGCAGCACAGCCACAACAUCCAGCACCACAUCCUCCGCCACCACCACCACCCCAGCCGAAUGCCCAUCCGACAGCAGAUCCCAAAAUAUAUAAAAAAUGUCUAGUGCCCACUACCAGGCACUCGAGCCGCAGACAUCCGACGAGGAUAACGAGGACAUCGAACGGAGGAGCCACCAUCCGCGUUGCACGGCCACUGCCAGCGCCCCAAGCUCCAUGGUGCGGAAGGGGGGAGUGGGGCGGCGUCGCUGCCUCCUGCCCCUGGUGGGCGGGGCCCUGUGCUUCAUCGCCUUCUGCUACCUCACCCUCAGCGGGGAAACCCGAAGCGCCCUGGGACUGGGCGGCAGUACCGAGGACUCGGAGGAAGAAUCGCACCACGGAUUAGGUAAGCAGCAGGUCCAGUUAAUGGAAACCCAACCCGCAGAUUUUGACGCUUCAAGACUUCAAGAAUUUGUGGAGAAUUAUGAAGGGAACACUACAGAGAUUACUCAAGAAACCGAGCUCUAUGAAUCCGAGUUUAAGAUAGAACUGCCAAAAGUCAAGAAGAAAUUCCGAAGAAGGCAUCGUUUUAAUUCAAAACUCCAUAGUAUACACUUCCGGCCACUCAACGAAAGCCUGCACAUUUGCAGCGAAAAUCUUGAGGAUCAUCGGCAAUUCUUGCAGGAUAAGCCACGAUCUGACUAUGGACAAUUGCCCGUGAUAUAUUUCGUUACUCCCACGUAUCCACGGCGGGAGCAAAUUCCGGAACUAACCCGACUGGCGCACACCCUCCUCCAUAUUCCUCGAUUGCACUGGCUGGUAGCUGAUGAUCAGGAGAAAUGCAACAACUUCAUCGACACCCUGCUCAAUCGAUUCGGUAUUCCCUUUACCCACUUGAUGAGCCCGAUGCCGAGCAAGUUCCGGAAUGAAAAGCCCGCCCCACGAGGCGUGGCGAAUCGAAGGGCAGCUUUACAGUAUCUGCGACAGCACAAUCUCACCAAUGGAGUUCUAUAUUUUGGAGACGAUGACAAUACCUACGACUUGCAGUUGUUUUCGGAAAUCCGGAACACGCAGCGGGUUUCAAUGUUCCCCGUCGGCCUGAUUGCCGAUUAUGGGGUCAGCGGACCAGUAGUUCGCAAAGGCAAAGUGGUGGCCUUCCUGGACUCCUGGGUUGCCGGUCGGCGCUGGCCCGUUGACAUGGCUGGCUUCGCCGUGAACUUGGAGUACAUGGCGCAGUAUCCCUAUGUAAAUAUGCCAUACAAGCCCGGUUACGAGGAAGAUCUAUUUCUGCGCAGCAUUGGCCUGAAAAUGGAUAUGAUCGAGCCGCGGGGCAACAACUGCACUGACAUUCUCGUCUGGCACACCCAGACAAAGUCCAAGAAACUUGGCAUGAUUCGCUUAGAAAGCAAAUACUUGGACGAUCGCUCUAAUCUGGGCGCCCUGCUUCUCAACCUUAAACUGAUGGGCGUGGCCAGUACAACGGAAAAUGAAGGACGCAAUGCACUGAUCAGCAAGAAUGGAAAGGAGAAACCGCACUCCAUUAUUCUUAGCUGAGUCCCAAAGUUCCAGCAUCCGGAAGAGAGCCAGAAUAAUACUCAUAGAUUUAUUGAUCUAAAUAUGUAAUGUUUUAAGUAACAAACCAAAUCUCAAAUCAACUGUUUCCUGCGUCCCGUGUAGUUUUCCAGUUUAAGUUAUCAGUCAUUUUCGUUUGCACAAUAUCUUGUUCUAUUUAUUUUUACGAUUUGCGUAGGUGCUGUCUCUCUGCUUUAGGUUCUCAUCAUAACGUACUGUUAAUAAAAAUUAUGAACGUAUUGUUAAUUAGUUAUAGAUAAGUUCGUUUAUGAUAGCGUGAUAGGAAACACAGGGAUGGCCACAAAGAUAAGAUCAGGACUUAUUAAAAUAUAUCAUUAUUGCUAUCAGUAGGUUGUAAAGGCAGAGAAAAUGUCCUUAAUUUUUUUCAUAUUUUACAUACUAAUUUGCUAAGCAGAACAAAGGCUUUUAUAUUUAAGCUAAAAGACCAAGUUUUUAGGAAGCUUGUUACUGUUGUUAUUCGCCUCAUCGACUUUCAGCAUUAAACACAUAUCAUUAAGCUUGGGACACUUUAAUUAAGCAUUACAUAAGUUUUCGAAAUCCCCUAACAGCCAACGGUUUAGGAAUGGGCAAUAAAUCUGAAUGAGCUAUGAAAUUUUUACUAGAAACUUAAUGUGUAACGUGUAAAUCAGUCAGCCAUAGUGUGAAAACAAUAAAUGGAAGUUUAAAAACCAACUGCAAA